CCUCCUACGAUUCCUUCUUGCCGUCAUCGUCACGGGCGCCCAGGCCAAGAAGGCGGAGGAUGCAGAACCCAAGAAGCCACCGACCAAGGCCCUAGAUGUGCUGAGUGAUAGCGAGUCGUCCGGUGACGGCGAUGAUGAUGACAGUCCCCCGACCUUUGAGUGGACCACCAUCAUCAAAAAGUCUUUGGUUGCUUCCACUCCAAAACCUGUGGAGGACAAGAAAGUCCCUCCUCAUGGCACCCAAGUCUCCUGA